AUGACCUCGUGUUUUCCUAUCACUAAAGUAGCAGCUACGUUUAUCCUUAUCAUCAUUGCAUGCAAGCCUCUACCUUGUCUUCCCUGCGGCCCCAUCCUCUUCCCCCACCCCCCCGCCCCCCCCUCCCCACCCCCUCCCCUCUUCGCCCCCUUCCACCCCCUCCCUUCCAUCCCUUCUCCUACUCAGGUGUCCCUUCCAUCGUCUCUUCCUCCCUGCCUGUACCACAUAUGGCAAGCCUCGACCCUCCUCAUCUCCCCUCGCCCAUUCCCUUUGCCUGAGCCCAGCAGCAGCAGCAGUAGCUGCAGCAGUGGCAACUGGCACAAGAAGACAGAAAGUGAGGCGCCUGAUAAUAGUGAAGACCGCCUCUUUUCCCCACAGAAGAAUGUGGCAGCUGCACUUGCUCCUGUAGCAGCUGGAGCAGCCUCACCCGCUGCACCUGUUACAGGAACACCCGCUGCAGGCACACGUGCUGAGUCACAGGAAAGAGAGGGAAGGCGCAAGAGGCUGAAGGGCCGAGAAGGAGCCGGGCAAGGAAGGAGAGUGGGGCAUGGGAAAGAGGGGUAUGGGAGAGAGGGGCAAGGGAGGGAGGGACAAGGGAGGGAGGGGAAAGGAGAGGAUGGUGGAGCAAGAGGCAGGAGUCCGUUUGGGCCUGAUGGCCCCUCCAUGGCUGCUCUGAUGCAGGAGCUGGGGUUUGGAGAAUUCGUUUCUGCCCCGGUCAGCAGCCUUGGGGGAAAGGAAGGGCAGACAGGCAGGAAAAGAGGGAGGGGGAGGGAGAGGGGGAUGGGGAGGGGGGAUGGGGGGAUUCAAGGGGGAGCGGGGGCGGUGGAGGAGGGGGGUGUGUUUGGCAGUAGGGGGGCGUGGGGAGGGGAGGGGAUGGUUGGCUGGGGCGAUUGGAAUGAGGGUUUUGGGGGAGAUGAUGGGGAUGGGGCACGGGGAGGAUGGGAAGAGGGAGAGGAUGGGGAGGAAGUAGAGGAGGAGAGGGAAGAGGGAGAAGUAGGGGAGGAAGUGGGGAAAAGGUUAGAGGGAGAGGAAGGGGAGGAAAUGGAGGAUAGGGAAGAGGGAGAAGAAGGGGAGGAAGUGGAGGAUAGGGAAGAGGGAGAAGAAGGGGCGGAAGGGGAGGUAAGAGGGAGAACAAGAGAGGGAGGGGAAGGAGAGGGAAGAGGGAGAAGAAGAAGAGAGUGA